AGGAGACUGAGGUAAAGUUGGGAGCGCAGCGGCGUUGGCGGCGGCGGCGGCGGCGGCAGCGGCAGCGCGGCGGGGCCGGUAUCCUACCUUGUAAAUACUGUUAUUUGUAUAUACUGUAAAUGAUGACAUCGGUGGGCACUAACCGAGCCCGGGGAAACUGGGAACAACCUCAAAACCAAAAUCAGACACAGCACAAGCAGCGGCCACAGGCCACUGCAGAACAAAUUCGACUUGCACAGAUGAUUUCGGACCAUAAUGAUGCUGACUUUGAGGAGAAGGUGAAACAAUUGAUUGACAUCACAGGCAAGAACCAGGAUGAGUGUGUGAUUGCUUUGCAUGACUGUAAUGGAGAUGUCAACAGAGCCAUCAAUGUUUUGCUGGAAGGAAACCCAGACACGCAUUCCUGGGAGAUGGUUGGGAAGAAGAAAGGAGUCUCAGGACAAAAGGAUGGUGGACAGACGGAAUCCAAUGAGGAAGGCAAAGAAAAUCGAGACCGGGACAGGGACUAUAGUCGGCGACGUGGUGGGCCACCAAGACGGGGAAGAGGUGCCAGCCGUGGAAGAGAAUUUCGGGGUCAGGAAAAUGGAUUGGAUGGCACCAAAAGUGGAGGACCUUCUGGAAGAGGUACAGAAAGAGGCAGAAGAGGCCGUGGCCGAGGCAGAGGUGGCUCUGGUAGACGGGGAGGAAGAUUUUCUGCUCAAGGGAUGGGAACUUUUAAUCCAGCUGAUUAUGCAGAGCCAGCCAGUACUGAUGAUAACUAUGGCAAUAGUAGCGGCAAUACAUGGAACAACACAGGCCACUUUGAACCAGAUGAUGGGACGAGACUUGAUUUCAUUGGGGUUGAGGGGUCAAAUUAUCCCCGAAAAUUUGAGACUGCUCCUGGUGCAUGGAGGACUGCGACAGAAGAAUGGGGAACUGAAGAUUGGAAUGAAGAUCUUUCUGAAACCAAGAUUUUCACUGCUUCCAAUGUGUCUUCAGUGCCUCUGCCUGCGGAGAAUGUGACAAUCACUGCUGGUCAGAGGCAAGUGAGCAUGUUAGGGAAAGGAUUUGGUGAUGUUGGUGAAGCUAAAGGUGGCAGUACCACAGGCUCCCAGUUCUUGGAGCAGUUUAAGACUGCUCAGGCCUUGGCUCAAUUGGCAGCUCAGCAUUCUCAAUCUGGAAGCACCACCACCUCCUCUUGGGACAUGAGCUCGACCACACAAUCGCCAUCUCUGGUGCAGUAUGAUUUGAAGAAUCCAAAUGAUUCAACAGUGCAUAGCCCUUUUACAAAGCGCCAGGCUUUUACCCCAUCUUCAACCAUGAUGGAGGUGUUCCUUCAGGAGAAGCCACCUGCAGUGGCUACCUCCACAGCAGCACCUCCACCACCCUCUUCUCCUUUGCCAAGUAAAUCCACCUCGGCCCCACAGAUGUCUCCUGUGUCUUCAGACAACCAAUCCUCCAGCCCUCAGCCGGCUCAGCAAAAACUGAAACAGCAGAAGAAAAAAGCCUCCCUGACUUCUAAGAUUCCUGCUCUGGCUGUGGAGAUGCCUGGCUCAGCAGAUAUCUCAGGGCUAAAUCUGCAGUUUGGGGCAUUGCAGUUUGGGUCAGAGCCUGUUCUUUCUGAUUAUGAGUCUACCCCCACCACGAGCGCCUCUUCAAGUCAGGCUCCAAGUAGCCUGUAUACCAGCACGGCCAGUGAAUCUUCAUCUACAAUUUCAUCUAACCAGAGUCAGGAGUCUGGUUAUCAGAGUGGCCCAAUUCAGUCGACAACCUAUACCUCCCAAAAUAAUGCUCAGGGCCCUCUAUAUGAACAGAGAUCCACACAGACUCGGCGGUACCCCAGCUCCAUCUCUUCAUCACCCCAAAAGGACUUGACUCAGGCAAAGAAUGGCUUCAGUUCUGUGCAGGCCACGCAGUUACAGACCACGCAAUCUGUUGAAGGUGCUACAGGCUCUGCAGUGAAAUCUGACUCACCUUCUACUUCUAGUAUCCCCCCUCUCAAUGAAACGGUAUCUGCAGCUUCCUUACUGACCACAACCAAUCAGCACUCAUCCUCGUUGGGUGGGUUAAGCCACAGUGAGGAGAUUACAAAUACCACCACCACGCAACACAGCAGCACAUUAUCUACGCAGCCGAAUACCUUAUCAUCAUCAACAUCUUCUGGGCGCACUUCAACAUCCACUCUUUUGCACACAAGUGUGGAAAGUGAGGCGAAUCUCCAUUCUUCCUCCAGCACUUUCUCUACCACAUCCAGCACAGUCUCUGCACCUCCCCCAGUGGUCAGUGUCUCCUCCAGUCUCAAUAGUGGCAGUAGUCUGGGUCUCAGUUUAGGCAGCAACUCCACCGUCACAGCCUCAACUCGAAGCUCAGUUGCUACGACUUCAGGAAAAGCUCCUCCCAACCUUCCUCCUGGGGUUCCGCCGUUGUUGCCUAAUCCAUAUAUUAUGGCUCCCGGGCUGUUACAUGCCUACCCACCACAGGUCUAUGGUUAUGAUGACUUGCAAAUGCUUCAGACGAGAUUUCCAUUGGACUACUACAGUAUCCCAUUUCCCACACCUACCACUCCACUGACUGGAAGGGAUGGUAGCCUGGCCAGCAAUCCUUAUUCUGGUGACCUCACCAAGUUUGGCCGUGGGGAUGCCUCCUCUCCAGCUCCAGCCACAACAUUGGCCCAGCCCCAACAGAACCAGACGCAGACUCACCACACCACGCAGCAGACAUUCCUGAAUCCGGCGCUGCCUCCUGGCUACAGUUAUACCAGCCUGCCAUACUAUACAGGGGUUCCGGGCCUCCCCAGCACCUUCCAGUAUGGGCCUGCUGUGUUCCCUGUGGCUCCUACCUCUUCUAAGCAGCAUGGUGUGAAUGUCAGUGUGAAUGCAUCAGCCACCCCUUUCCAACAGCCAAGUGGAUAUGGGUCUCAUGGAUACAACACUGGUGUAUCAGUCACCUCCAGUAACACAGGCGUGCCAGAUAUCUCGGGUUCUGUGUACUCCAAAACCCAGCAGUCCUUUGAGAAACAAGGAUUUCAUUCCGGUACUCCUGCUGCCUCCUUCAACUUGCCUUCAGCCCUAGGAAGUGGAGGGCCCAUAAAUCCGGCCACAGCUGCUGCCUACCCACCUGCCCCCUUUAUGCACAUUCUGACCCCCCAUCAGCAGCCGCAUUCCCAGAUCCUUCAUCAUCACCUGCAGCAGGAUGGCCAGACGGGCAGCGGGCAACGUAGCCAGACCAGCUCCAUCCCGCAGAAGCCCCAGACCAACAAGUCUGCCUACAACAGCUACAGCUGGGGGGCCAACUGAGGCCCUGGCCCUCCUCUCCCGGUCCCAUCUUCUGAGAGGGCUUCUCAGCCUGGAAACUAUGGAAACAGCAUCAAAGAGAGAAAGGAAUGUGGGGGGAUUCUUCAGCCUCCCACCCAGCGGCCCACCCCACGCCUCUGCUUCAUGUCUGUCCCAUUCCCAUACCAUCCCCACCCUGUUGUAUGUAUUAUAGGAUUUGUAUUUUCUCUUUUUUUUUUUUCCUUCCUUUUCCUCUUCCUACUCUCCCCUUGCAUUCAAGAUUAUGAAACUUUGCUAUGGGCCCUGACCUUCCUUCUUCCUGUUCAUCCUGGUGGUGUAUGGGUGAGGUGGGGAGGGGGACCCCGAAAUAUAUAUCAGCCCAACAGCCCUAAGUCUCCUCCUUUAUUAUUAGGAAAACAAAACAACAAAAAAUGGCGUCAUGAAUAUGAACAGCAUUGUCAGAUGAAUUAGUUGAAGUGUUUUUUUUUUGUACUGUGUCUUCAAAUUUAAUGGAUUAAUGUGUCUUGUAUAUAUAAAACAAAAACUCUA